AUGGCAAAACACACCGGGGAGAAUCUCUACACGUGUGGGGAGUGCGACUACAAGACAGCUAACAAGUACCAUCUGUCCAGACACGUCAAAAUCCACACAGGGGAGAAACCAUACAAAUGUGACCAGUGCAAUUUCCGUACCGCCUGGAAAAACUACUUGGAUGUACACCAAGCUAAACACACUGGGGAGAAACCAUACCUGUGCGGUGAGUGUGGGUACAGGACAGCUGACAGGUCCUACUACUCUCAGCAUAUGAAGAUACACACCGAAGGGAGACCCCACAAGUGCGGAAAGUGUGACUACAGGUCAGCCAAGAGGUCCCACCUCAAUCAGCACAUGAAGACCCACACAGGAGAGAAGCCUUACGCGUGUGACCUGUGUGACUUCUGCACUGCUUGGAAACAAAACCUGGACAUCCACAUGGCAAAACACCGCGGAGACAAACCCUACAUCUGUGUGGAGUGCGGAUACGACACGGCCGACAAGUCCAACCUAGCACAGCACAAGAAGACACACACAGAAAACAAACCGUACAAGUGUGACCAAUGUGAGUACAGCGCAGGUAGGAAAGCGGACUUGGACACACACAUGGUGAAACACACCGGUGAGAAACCACAUGCGAAAGUCCACUCCGGAGAGAAGCCCUACAAGUGUCCCCUGUGUGAAUUCUGCACAGCUAGAAAAGCUCACCUGGACAGACAUAUGUACAAGCACACCGGUAGGAAACCCUACAUGUGUAGGGAGUGCGGAUUCAAGACAGCUGACAAAGCUACCCUAUCCAGUCACAUAAAGACACACACAGGAGAGAAGCCGUACAAGUGUGACUUGUGUGACUUUGGCGCGGUCAGGAAAAGCCAAGUGGACAUACACAUGGCUAACAAACACACAGGUGAGAAACCCCACAGCUGUGGCGAGUGUUCGUUCAGGACGGCUGAUAGGUCCAGCCUCUCCAGACAUGUGAAAGUUCACACAGGGGAGAAGCCGUACAAGUGUGAUCUGUGUGACUAUGCAGCGCGCCAGAAACACCAGUUGGACAGGCAUGUAGCAAAGCAUUUCGCAGGAAAAGGGAAGACUGAAAACAGGAUAGGUAUGGCAACGAGCCAUGACUUUGAGUCUCCAACAGAAAGAACGAUCCACAAUAGCGACCAGUGGGACUGCAGCACGGCUAUUAGUUGGACCUUUGAUUUUCACCUGUUCGAACAAAAUGGCGAGAAACUCUACCUGUGCAGGCAGUGUGAAUACCGGACACAUUGCCAGUCAAACAUCACCAAGCACAUCAACAUGGUACAUCCCAGAGUCAGACCGAAGUGCGAAAACAACACACCUAGAAAAGGGGACUUGGACAAGGCUGAACACAUGAGAGACACAAAACCCUACAUGUGUGGGAAGUGUGGGUACAGGACAGCUGAGAAGUCUGACCUAUCCAGUCAUAUGAAGACACAUGUAUUUACAAGAGAGAAGCCGUACAAGUGUGACCAGUGUGACUACUGCACAGAUAGAAAAUGGAGCUUGGAAUUGCACAAGGUAAAACACACUGGAGAAAAUUCCAACCAUUGUGACCAGCGAGACAACUCUACCGCUAGAAAAAAGGACUUGGAAACAAUCAUGGAGAACUACACUGAAGAGAAAGCCCACAUUUGUAGGGAGUGUGGCUAUGGCACAGACAUCAAGUCUAACCUCACCAAGCACAUCAAGAUACAUACAGGAGAAAAGCCAUACAAGUGUGAGCAGUGUGACUACCGCACCGCAAGCAAAUCGACCUUAGACACGCACAUGGCGAAACACACCGGUGAGAAACCCUACGUUUGUGGGGAGUGUGGGUUCAGAACAGGCUACAAGUCUCAUCUAGCGAGUCAUAUGAAGGCACAUACAGGAGAGAAGCCGCACCAGUGUGACUAUUGUGACUACAGCUCCGUCCGAAAGAGAGACCUGGAUGCACACCUGGCUAAACACACAGGUGUGAAACCUUACCUGUGUUGGCAGUGUGGGUACAGGACAGCGGACAGGUCGAGCCUUAGGAAGCAUGUGAAGAUCCAUACCGGAGAACUGCACCACAGGUGUCAGCUGUGUGAGUACAGCACGGCCAGAAAAGGGGACUUGGACAGGCACAUGGUCCAACACACGGGUGUGAAACCCUACAUGUGUGGGAAGUGUGAAUACACUACAGAUAACCAGUCAAACCUGACCAAGCAUAUCAAGAUGAUACAUAAAAAAGUGUAAAUAUACCACUAGAAGGUCAAGGGAUAGGUGAGGUGAGGUGAAAUAUACCACUGAUAACCAGUCGAACCUGAACGAGCAAAUUGAGAAGAUACAGAAAAGUGUGAAUACACAAUAGAUAAGCAGUCAAUCUGACCAAGCAACAGAUUAGCUGUCAAACUGACCAAGCACAUUAGAUGAUACAUAAAAAAGUGUAAUCACUGCUACUAUUGCACGAGUCGCAUGACGGAUAGAAAACCCUGUACUCCAAGCAGACACCAAGAAACGAC